AUGCGUUACUCUACCAUCGCAGCUCUCAGCUUUGCCGCCGUCGCCCAGGCCACCUGGGACGGCAAAUUCAGCUACCCUCCCGGCAUCGAGCCCCUGGGCCUGACCGGCAGCGCGGACUUCAGCGUCAAGACCUUCGGCCCCAUCUCGGCGCCCCCGGCCGACUGCAUCUCCGUCUGGCACCCUCCCCACCCGGACGUCUACAUCGACGACUGCGACUCCGACAAGGAGCACGGCUGGCACUGGGUCCAUCCGGGAAAGCCCAAGUGGGGCAAGCCUGGCCACGGCAAGUGUGACAAGGACGGCAACAACUGUGGUGACAAGGGCGGCGAUAAGUGCGACAAGGACGGCAAGUGCGGCGGCGACAAGGGCGGCGACAAGACCAAGGACCACGACAAGCCCCAGAAGACCGAGACGCCGCCCCAGCCCACCGACACCCCCGACGAGCCGGAGCAGCCCGAGCCCACCACCACCCCGCAGUGGAAGUGGACCACCUCCACCAUCACGCAGACCGCCGUCCACACCGUCAUCUCCUGCGCCCCCGAGGUCACCAACUGCCCCGGCAACGGCGGCACCGCCUACAAGACCGUCACCGUCCCCGCCGUCGUGACCAUCUGCCCCGUCCCCGUCAACCCGGCCCCGGCCCC